AUGGACGUAUUCAAGGACGACGUGUUUUGGGAUAUUAACACGGCCAGAGACCCGGUGUCCGUCCUAUAUGCUGUGGAAGAAUCAGAAAGGACUGAUCCUAUGGGCGAUUCUGGCCCAUACGACGACUUUGAAGAACUUGGAGAUGGUGAGGAAGAGAAGUGGCCGACUAGCAAACAAGGCUCUGAAAGCGAAGUCGACCUUGAGGAGGAGCAAAUUGACGUUGUCAAGUGCAUUGAGGACAUGGUUCUCUCAUUCUUGAAGCAGAUUGAAGCCUGCGGCGCUGUUAUAUUAGAUGAUGCUCAACUAUUCAGAGUCCUGGACAUAAUGCACGAGGGGCUUGUGACUGGCACGCCCACGACGAAACGAGAUAUAUAUUACAAGGACGUCGCACUAUUCGGCCGUCAGUCAGUCGUAGACACAUUAGUGGACGACCUUGCGGCAACAUGGGGUACCCAGCGAUGCGAUUUAAAUGUGCCUUCCAACAUACCCGCCGGGGAAGACAUUGAAUCGUUUGGGGUCGACGAAGACAUCGCGUGGGUAUUGGUUGUAGAGAAGGAGCUGACUGCAACGAAGGGGAAAGGCUACCCAGAUAUCGCAACCCGGCAUCUGGUCAAAUCGCUUGGAGAUGCGCUCCCUAAGCACGUAGCUCUCGCUGCGCUUGUCGACUGUGAUCCAUACGGAAUCGACAUCCUGUCGGUCUAUCGAUAUGGGAGCCAAAGCAUGAGGCACGAGAAUGACACGCUGGCGACGAGACGCAUCAAAUGGCUAGGCCUGCGGAUAAGUGAAGUCAUGGAAUGGGACCUGGACCCAUCUCUACUUCUGCCUCUCACAGAUUAUGACGAGAACAAGAUUCGGUCUAUGCUGAAGCGACCACAUCUUCCUCGACGUUGGCGGGAUGAGCUAGAGGCAACUCAGGCUCGAGGUCGUAAGGCAGAAAUUGAGGUGCUUUGCUCCUUGCCCCGUGAUCAAGCCUUACGUAUUGGAGUUGGAGAUUCUAUGAACAAUCCACUGCUUGCCUAUGUGGAACAGAAAUUACAUUCUCUCAUUAGCCGCGCCAGCUAG